GCGGGGGGCCAUGCCGUGCCGGAGGGAGGAGGAAGAGGAAGCCGGCGAGGAAGCGGAGGGGGAGGAGGAGGAGGAGGACAGCUUCCUCCUGCUGGAGCAGUCGGUGACGCUGGGCGGCUCGGGCGAGGUGGACCGGCUGGUGGCCCAGAUCGGCGAGACGCUGCAGCUGGACGCGGCGCACGACAGCCCGGCCUCCCCGUGUGCGCCCCCCGGGCCGCCGCCGCCGCAGCCCCCGAGGCCCCAGGCGGCGCUGCCGGCGGCCAAGGCCCGGGCCCCCGCCGUGCCGCUGCUGCGGCCGCUCGGGUCGGCUGAGGCUGGGGGCCCGGCGCCCCCGGGGGCCCUGCGCUGCGCCCUGGGGGACCGCGGCCGCGUGCGGGGCCGGGCUGCACCCUACUGCGUGGCGGAGCUCGCCGCAGGCCCCAACGCGCUGCCGGGACCGUGCCGGCGAGGAUGGCUUCGGGGAGCCGUCGCCUCUCGGCGCCUCCGGCAGCAACGAUGGACCCAAGCCGGAGCACGCGCGGGCGACGACGACCCUCACCGGCUCCUGCAGCAGCUCGUGCUCUCGGGAAACCUCAUCAAGGAAGCGGUGCGGAGGCUCCAGCGAGCCGUCGCCGCCGUCGCAGCCACGAGCCCCGCGGGCGCCCCUGGGUCCGGAGGCGGCCGCGGUGGACCGGACCCCGUUACCCUGCAGACCUCGGGCGGCUUGCUCUGACCCGGGCCCCCUGGCGGAGGGAGAGGACGCCGCUGGGCACAGACCGCCCCACGCAGCGUCCAGCUUCCGACCACCCCAAGCCACUCUCGAUCCUGGGGGCGACAGCCGAGAAGUUACCGGCCCAGGAGAGGCUGUUGG